AUGGCGAUUGUCGUCGAAAAUAAAGCCUUUCAGCCAACAACGGUAUCCGGCGCUUCGGUUUCCUCGUCAUCCAGUGAAGACGAUGGGAAAGGCCGCAAGGACUUUGUUGCAGAAGGUGAAGGGCAAGAACGUGACACAGCAGCUCUUGCUGGUGCAGGGCCAGAUGCAAUUUCAUGGAACCAGGUUCUGAUUCACGCAUUCGAGUUGCGCCUUGGCCUUCCCCUUGACAAGUUCUCCUACGCGAAAACAGAUCUGGAGAAUGGAAUCCAAGUUUUGCACGCUUACGACAAGGAAAUUAAGCUUUCAGCGCGCAAUCAUGUUCUGCAUCUCCCCUUCGAAAAAAGCACGCCGCUGUGGUCCUUGUCGCGGGAAAUCGUUCGCGGAGAGGAGCCAGUUGACCCGAGUCACGGUCUCGGCCUGCCGCCCCAGUUCCAAUUGCAGAGCAACAAUAAGGCAGGGCCACCUAGUACUAAGCAGAAAAAUUCAACCGGCGACCAUCUUGAAGGUGGAAUGACGAAUUGCGCAGGUGGAGCAGCGUCGUGUUGUGGCCUGCUGAAAUGUUUCAAGACUUGUCUGUUGGACGACCCCCGCCUGAGAAGAUGCACGAAAGAGAACACGCCAAAGUUCGUUCCCGCCGUGAAGCGCGGUUUCGUCGUGGAUGUCUAUGACGGCGACACCAUCACGAUCGCCGCGAGACAGGCAAAGUCAACUUGCUCCGCAGGGCCACGACUCUUCAAGGUGCGCCUGGCACGCAUCGAUACACCGGAAAUGAAGGGCAAGGAUGUCUCCGAAAAGGAAAAGAAGCUUGCCAUUCAGGCUCGGGACGCGCUCCGGGAGAAGAUUCUCGGAAAGUUCGUGCGCUUGGAAAACGUGGCCUUGGAGAAGUACGGCCGCCUGUUGGCGGAGGUAGUGGAAGAAAAGACCACUUGCUUCGGAUGGCGCCGUGCCGGAAAAAACUGGAACCAGUGGCUCCUCGACGAGGGUCAUGCAAAGCUCUACGACGGGGGAACAAAAGACACAAAUUGGUAAACUCGUCACAACAAUCGCGAUUUCCUCCAGCUGGUACACGACGCUCGUGUUUAAGAAUGGAUCAACAUCGAAUAGAAAUUGGAAUGGUGCUACGAGGGUUAUCACAACUGUAGAUUUGGCGUAGUUGCAUCUUUCACUUAUUUCGCCAAUAGUGAGGCCGCAGGCAUUCCCAUUGUCAAACCGCUCGUGAUGCUCUAUGAUGUUCUUCCGCUCCGCUUUUUACAAAGAAAACCAAAGCAAGAACAAACAACAUUUUGACAUGAUUGCAGUUGUUCAUGUUCGUAGCCUUGCAGAAG